AUGAAAUACUUCUAUGAUCAAAAACAUAGGAAGGAAGAGGAAAUCCAAGUAGGGGACAAGGUCUGGCUAAGUCAUCAAAACAUAUCCACCAAUAGACCCUCCAUAAAACUUAGCCACAAAAAACUAGGACCCUACUUAGUGAUUGAGAAAAUAGGAUCCCAUGCAUAUAAACUUCAAUUACCUCAUACUAUGCGCAUACAUCCUGUCUUCCAUAUCAACCUCCUUACAAAAUUCCAUCCUGAUCCUCAUGGACGUGAUCCUCCCCAACCUGCACCUAUUGUCACAGAAGAAGGUGAGGAGGAAUACAAAGUAGAAAAAAUCCUGAAUAGUAAAUGGAAAGGACACAGCAAGGGAAGAAAAUUAUGGUACCUGGUUAAAUGGAAGGGAUAUGAUGAAGGAAGUAAUUUAUGGGAACCAGUUGAUAAUGUGGCCAAUGCCAACAAAGCAAGAAAAGAAUUCCAUGAAGAGUACCCAGAUGCAAUUGGAGCUUGA